AUGGGGUAUAUAGUGUCUAGGAGAGAAGAUACUCUAAUUAAAUUAGAUGAAGAAAUCACAAUAUGGAGACAAAAACUCAGUGACACUACAAAUCCAGAGACUUUCAACCAAAUCAUUAAAGAAAUAAAAAACAAAGUGGAAAAAGCUGAAAGAGACACAAUAACUAUUAAAAAAAAGAAAUACCUAAGAGACACCCACGAUUAUAAAACAGGCAAUGUCAGAUUCCCGAAGAAAAAAUCCAACAAUUCAACUAAGGUCUACUGGAAUAAAAGAAAUGUAGAACCAUCUCAAGAAUCACCAUAUAGAUCUCAAAACAACUCCCAACAAAUAAAAACAAAUAGAAGACAUUUCAGAAAUUCCCCUAAUAAGUUUCAAUCUAUAAGGGAUUAUAGAUCACGUAGAACAUCUUUUAGGAGAAAUGACUCACCACCUAGGAAGAACUCUUCAUACCUCCGGAAAGAUUGGAGAUAUAGUGAUGCGGUCAAAUACUCCCCUCCAAAAGAAACAUUACGUAAAAGAUAUGAGACUAGAGAAAACAUCAAGAAUAGCUAUCCCAUAUCAGGGUCCACACAAAGAGCAGACCCAACAUCGACACUAAAUCCUGAUAUGAAUUACAUAACAAAACAAUCAGAAAGAGAAAACAGGAGAAAAAAUAGGGAUAGAGACUAUACAUCAGUAACCCCUGGUAGGGAACUGAGAGAAGCUGAGGCUCAUCACUCUUCUUUUUUUCAAAAGGGUUCUGUAACAGAGAGGCUGAAAAAAUCAGAACAAUACAAAACAUGGGAAUCUCCAGGCAAACGCCAAAGACCCAGAGAGAGAGAGAUGGAGGAAGAAGAGGAAGAGUUAGGCAACCUAAUCAAGAGAGGGAAGAGAUAA